UUUUUUCCCCUGGUUUAGACCCCACAACCUCCUCAGCCAGUCGAACCCUUUCCCCAGUUUGCUGACAGUUAGCUCUCGCUGCUAAUGCCCAACAGCUCGCUGUCCAUAUUUAUAAAUAGUUUGUUUCAUCCGUCUGACACUCGACACCCAAGGAUCUCGCAGACCCACAUGCUCGCCGAAGCCCUGUUUUCGUCCCCAAUGGUGGAUGCACUCUCUCUGGGACAAGUCCUCUAUUUCUGUCUGGUCUCCGGCCACCGAGUGCUGCUGCCUUCCACUGGUCAGAUGCUCAAAGACCUGACUGUGGACUAUAAAGAGGAUUUGGCAUGGGAUUGUUGUAAAAAGAGCCAGAGUUGCCAGUGAGGGAUUGUAUAAGGUGACGGGACAGGAUCAGAUCAUCAAGGCCUUCGUGGGGAGACUGAGCCUUUCGAGGAGUUUAAAGCUCAAACUAUGGAUUUUAAAACUUAAAGGGAACAGCAGGAUUUUAUAAGGAUUUUUGGACAGAGGGCAACUAAAAGGCACGAUGCCUUAGGAGCGACUGGCUGAACAAAAUCCUGAGGCCCCAAACUCUGGGUCCUGCUGCCCCAGUGGCAGACAUAGUGUAUAAUUUUGAGGUCUGCGUUUGUAUGAAUGACUGAGCCGCUGAGGACAGACCUCUUUGUUAGCCAGCCUGCAACAUGACCUCAGUUGAGAAGCGCCGCUCAGGCCGAAAGAGUGGCCGGCACCGAAAGCACAGCGAUGGAGGCUACAGUGAUACUUCCAGUGGUGGGUCAUUUCUGGAUGAGACCGACCGGGAGGUCAGCAAUCUGACAGAUCGAGCAUUCAGGAGUCUCUGCGUUGGAGAUGAGGCUGUUUAUAAUGACUCGGACCUCUGUUCAUCUUCCCCAUACAGCCAGAGAGACAGACAGCUGGCCUUUAGCCAGAGUGCCCAGGACAGAGACAGAGAGCACAGAGGGAGGGAGGAACUUAAGAGAGCUGCACACGAGAGCUUCACCCUCAGAGUGCAGCAGUAUGGACAGGACUGGAUCCAUGGUGGAAUGUAUGGGGCUGAGGUGCACAGAGAUCCACAGUGGGAGGUUUAUGGGGAACGGACACAGGGGAGGGUUUCAGCCACAUUCCAGCCAUCCUUUGUGGAAACCUCUCAACAGGAACAAUCUCUGAGGGAAGACCAGUUGUGCUUCUUCAGCAAUGGAGCCACAGAUUUAAGUUCACAGCAACGCAGAAGCCGUUCCAGAGUUUCCUCCCUCAUCCGAGCUUUUAACUCUGACAGACACAGGGAUGAAGCAGGGAUGGAUGGUAAACUCAGAGAGUGGAAUGGUGAGACAGGCUGGGACAAAUCAGCUCUGAUGAACAUCCAAAGGGAACUUUCCGAAUUCUCUACAUCAUACCAGGAAAACUUUAGCAGUGAUCGUUUCCCAACAGCUGGCCAGUUCUCAUCCCGAGACACCAGCUUCUACUCCUCUGAAGUAGCAGCAGUGGCUCGUAUGAAUUCUUCAUCCUCUUUCAUGAGCGCUUCCCACAGUAAACACAGCAUGUCCACGCAGGUUAACUGUAACUCUAACUUUUUUAUACACAGUGAGUUUAGUCCCUUCAAGGUAUGGAGGGACCAUAACAGGUUUCUUUUUCAACAAGGAGAAGUCUCAGGGUUUAUGCACUGCUCUGAGUUUCCUAAAUGGUAUGAGACACCAAUGUACAAGGAGCUUUCGCGGGAGGCCCAGCCACAGGGUCCUUAUAGGUUUGAGGAGAGGGGUAUUGGACACCGAAGUAAUUUGGUGCCAGUGGUUCCUCCCACUCCUCCACGCUCUACGUCAACAUCUACAGUGCUGCAGAAAGCUUCAGCUGUUGAGAAACGCUGCGAGUCAGAGUUGGCAGGUCAUUAUCCCCACAGGAAGCGGACGCAGAGCCUCGGAGCUAACAGGCUACCAUCCCAGCGCCCAUCUACUGCAUCACCAACCAUCGAGAUGUCUCGACGUGUCCGGGACACCAUCAGCUCAGUGAAAGCUCUGCAGCAGAAAAUCAAAAUGAUGACAGAGCAAAGCAUGGCAACAGAGAUGACAGCAAAUCAACAAGGAGCACUUUGGAGCAAAGAUAAUCCAAUUCCUUUUGGCAACAAUGCAGAAACAAUAGCAUCAAAUGUUGUCAGAGGUAACACUACCCCAUUCAACAUCAGUCAGCGGCUCACACCUUCAGUUCAUGCACAUCAAGAAGCAGAGACAUCAGGGGUCCGACAAUGUGCAGUUUCACCUCAGCCUGUGGAACAUGCUCCAGUGCGAGCUGAAAGCAGGGGAGCCACUCCAGACAGUAGGAUGUCUAGCUACAAAUCUAGAGCCACCAGCCUACUCUUCAACCUCAAAGACAACAGGAAAAGAGUCAAAAACACCUAUAGCCCUCCCAAAUUCAAAAACUUGGAAACACGGGAGAGAAGCAAACAGCCCAGUGUCCAGGAGCCUAGAGACACUAUAAUAGAUAUCCCUGAUUAUCCAGAUUCAGACAGUCAGUUUACACACAUAGAAGAAUCCAGCAGGACAAAUGCUGCCGCACAUCAAUAUGUCAACAAGUAUCAGAGCCCUGGACUGUCACUUGCAACACUAAAUACUCAUCCUAAUACAGCACAUGCAGGCCAAUACUCAGAAUACACGUUAAGUGAUUACGAGGCAGCUCAGAAGCAAGGUGAGAUGAGUCAUCACUCCAGGUUCACUGGCUUCAUACCUGCAAAUUACACCACCAAUCAACUGGCUAAUGGACAGAAUCUCCAUGAAGACUUAUUGUCAUUUACUCCCAAUAAGCAACGUAUGAUAGAUAAUGUAGAAUCUCUGGGAGGGGAGGUAUCUGGGAUUAAAUCAUAUUAUGCAGCUACAGAAACACCAAAAAAUACUGUCAACAAUCAAACAAGGGAAUAUUUCACGAGUAAAGCAGAUGCUGAGCAACGUUUUAAUGAAACAGCGGGAAGGGAAUUCUCAAAGGUGGAGAGAUAUCAGCAGCUCAAAAACAACCAAAAUGAUUACAGCAAUGCGUCCUCACAGGAUAGGUGCAGACAAACAAACAGCCAAGAUACAGCAAAUUCCAGUCUGAAAGCUAUCUCUGUUAACUCCGCAUGGAAACAAGAGAAAACCGCUUUGAUAGAAAGAGAUCAACAGGCACAGGCAAACCAAAGAGACGCCACAAUAAAGGAGGAUCUAAAUUUACCCAGAGACCAAUACAGUAAACAAAAUCAGCAAAGUAUAAAUAAAGAAUGUGAAGAUGAGUUUAGGCAGAGUUUUAGUUUGGGACAGUCUUCUUAUAGAAAUACUGGGUUGGUCAAUCCCAACAUUUCAAAUCAACUGCCACAAUAUUCUCCUGUAAUUGGUAAGGACACUGUAGAAAGUCAAGCAUAUUAUGGACAACAGCAACCUGGAGCAAUUAGGGACAAAUAUGCACUUAAAAAGAAUCAUGGACACAAUGAGGACAAUGAAAUGAAUGAAAAUGAUUUGGCACAGAAUUAUAAUCAGCAAACUGAUCAGGAAUACCGAAACCAACACACCUUAUAUCCAGACAGAGAUAAAACUAUGUGCAUGCAGGAAAUGGGACAGAGAAAACAAUAUAUACAAGUUCCAAAGGGAUGUGAAACACAAAAUCUCCAGCCAGAGCAAACCACACCACAGUUUGAACAUAAUGUGCAGAAAAAUCCAUUGUCCAAUCCUGACCGUGCAGCUGACCCCACAAUAGCGAACCAGGAGAAGGAUAGACAGUUUGCUGAGGUCAAGUCUGAACAGGCCACAGCAGAACAUAUAAAUUCGCAGCACACCCAAACAGAGCUGGCAGCCGCUCAGCACUGGGCUCAAGUGGAGCAAUCCAAAGAAGAGUCAGCGAGGAUAAUUUUAGCAGGGCAGACUGGUUCAGAGGAAGUCAAAGAAGAACAAGCAGAACUAACAGAACGUAAAAGAGUAAAACAGGCGGCAGCUGAACAUAUUAAAGAGGAGAAGAGAAAAGGGCAACAUACGGAAAAACACCAACAAGAGCUAAGGAAUAUUACAGAGGAAGCAGGAGCCUUGCAUACAAAAGUGGAGCAGGGUGAGCUGGUCAGCGCUGAACAAGCUGAAGCAGAAAGGCUGAAAGAAGAACACAUAAAAACUGAACUGGCAAAGACAGAGCAGGCAAGAAUAAAGCAAGCGGUACAGGCCAGAGGAGAAAGGAUGAAAGUAGAGGUAGUCAAGGAAGAAAAUGUCAAAACAGAACAAAUUGAAAAAGAGCAAAGCGAGACAGAAAAAUUCAGAACAGAAAAUAUUAAAGCAGCACAGGUUGUAACGGAGCAUAGAAAAGCAGAAGAAGCUAAACAAGAGCAAAUGAAAGAGCAACAAGCUCAAACAGAACAAGAGAAUAUGAAGGUAAUUGAAAUAGGGAAGGUCAAGGCAGACCACAUUAAAGUUAAGGAUGUUAGACAAGAGAAAUCAAAGGAAGAUGCAAUUCAAGGUCACGUAGAUGCAGGGCAGCCUACAACACAGUUGAGCAAAGCCAAAGAGGGAAAAGUUGAAGAGCAGACAAAAGGGGAGCUAGUUAAAGCAGAGCAAGCAAAAACAGAGGACCUGCAAGAACGGUUAAUUAAACUUGGAGCAAAAACAACAGUGAUACCACAGCUCAGAAAUGGGCCAGAUAAAAUUGAACAGGUUAAGACAGAGUUAGCUAAAGCUAAAGCAGAAUUAGCCAAAAUAAAGGAGAAAAUGAGAGGUGAACAAAAAGAGAAAGUCAAAAAUGUUAUCAUCAUAACUAAAGAAGAAAUUACAACCAAAGAUGUUGCUUUAAGGGUAAAUAUGAAUAAAAAUGAGGAUUACAAAAAGCAGGACCCGCCAACACAAAUGCAUCAACAGACGGAAGAUUUACUUGUCAGGAAAUAUGGUAGAGAUCAAGCUGAUGGAGGAGCUGGUAAUUUCGACAGUGUAAGAGAGAAAUAUGGUUUGAUAAAUGCAGUUACAACAAACGGAAACAAGGAGUCACCUGCAAGAAAUAAUUCCUUGAAUAAUGACAAAGAAACUUUAUCUCUUGACACAACUACGACAGUGGAUAACAAGAAAUCAAAAGACAAACAUAGCCCUACAAGUGGAUUUGCAACAGCUAACACAGAAAAUAAGGAGGAAGUAAGAAGCUUUAAAUCCAAUGAGUUGAAAGAGGGUGACUAUGUUUACAGCGAGUCAUCCAAAGAAUUCAAAUUAUCCAGUUCUAAUUAUCUACCUACCUGGGUAGAUAAUGGAGCAAAUUGUGACACUAUUAAUGAUAAAGUGAAGGAUGACAGUGUUGAAAAGUUGGGAAAAGGGUUAGCUAUGGAGAACACUGUUGUUUCACAUCAAAGAGAUUCUAAUUUGACAAAAAUCCCCCUUGAAAGAAAACCUAAGUCAACUGAGCACAGUGCAGGUCAAGGAAAAGAUCCACAUUUUACCCCUCCCAGAGCAUUGUCCCAUAAAGAGAGAGCGCAGACUAAGCAUGAGAUUCUCACUUCCAAGAUAAAAGCUCACGCUGAAAAAGAGAUUUCAGCAAUUAAAGAGAAAGGGUUUGCAAUAAGAGAUGGGUUUAUAUCCAAAAAUCCUCCCAGGCAAUUAUCAGGCAGUCAGAAUAUUAAUAUACGACAGAGGCCACCAUCACAGGAAGUGUCUAAAAAGCAUGAAAGCACAAUAUCCAGUAAUAUUACACCAAAGCGCCAGAUGGAGCAUUCAAGAAUACAGAAGGAAACAGUCCGGUCUGUGUCACCCCUCAGUUCUGCUACAAUACAAGUGAGGUCUGCAACAAGCACUUGUCAGUUAGCAGACCAAUCACAGAACCAGGUUCCAAAAGAACCACUGAAAAGCGAUAACAAUGUGCUAGGAAAUAUUGGUGAUUCAAAACAGGUAGAAUGUUAUACCACAGUCACAGACUUGGACUUGGUAGAAAAUCAAAAGAAAGAAAAUCAUUCAAAAGUUAAAUCACCGAUACAAAGUAAAGAGAAGGCACCUGAGGACAUCCAAAGAAAACAGGAACCAAAUCAUGGAGCAAACUCUGGAAGACAGAAAGAUGGACUCAAAGACAAUCCUGCCAUUAGCAGGGACCACCUGAACAAGAAGAAAGAGGAUACAACACAAGCUACAGCUCCGGUUAAAGCUGAACACUCCAAACAUUUGAUAACAGAAAAGCCUGAUAGUAACCAUAAAGCAGUUCAUGAGGACUCAGCACCUUCAUUAAAGGUUGUCUGUCAAAAUCAGAACAAGACCCCUGUUGCUGAUGACAGCUUGCUGAUCAUGGGAAUAAUGGUAACAGUGCGAGAAAGAAAGCCAUUUGAGAACAAUGGUCAAAGGGAUAACAGCACCCAGGAACAAAUACAUACAAAAGAAUGCUGUUAUUCAGAGUUAGAUAAAUGCCAUCCCAGCUCAGAUCUAGAAGCAGGUAGAGGAAAUGAAUCUGCAAAAGAAGUAAGCAUAGCAAAGGCAAUAGACAGAGUUGUACAGGAAAUCCAUCCCACAGAGCAGAAAUGUCAAACUGAAAUUGCUAUAAAUAAUAAUCCUGAAAAUUUGCAAGAAACUUCAACCCUAGAAACUAGAAAGGAAAAUGUGUCAGAGAAUGGCACAGAGAAAAGCACUAAUCUCAAGGAGAGUUAUUCUUCAGAUGCAAGACCCCAAAGGGAAAUGCCACUGGCUGAGAAAGGUUUACCAUCCACAGUAACUGUACCUGCUAAAAAUAAAGUGUUGGCUGAAACUCAAAACCUUCUCUACAAGCAGGAGAUAAAAGAAAGAGAAACAAAUGUCCUUGCAAAUAAAAUGCCAAAAGAGAACCCAGCAAAGGGCAUAAGGAAAGAAGAAGUUAUAAGGAAUAUAGAAGAACUGAAAAAAACACAAAAAACACAAACAGCACAUACCAAGGAGAACCUCAAGGUCAAAGUGGAGAACACAGGAAUCAACUGCAAGACUGAUACAAACAGAGUCGAUGCUGAAGCUCUUAUAAAACAUGAUGUCCAGCUAUCAUUGACAGACGAUAUGACACCUGUCAUAAAUACAUCCAAAAGCAAGAGUGUAGAUGGCAAGAGGGCACCUCUACUGGAAGAAAAGAGACAUGACUCAACACAAAAUAGAAAUCUAUCUCCAAAAUUACAGAACAAAGAGACACACACCGGAGAGAAGGAUCAAGUGGAUGAUGAUGUGCAUAUAGACAGCAUUGCCAUCAGAGUUGUGCAAGCUGUAACUACGAAGGAGAACCUGAACAUUGCAGGAAAACAUCAUGUCAAAAUUGUCCCUUCUGAUGUGGCUAUAGCUACAGAACAUAAAGUUGAAUCAUCAAUCUGUGAAGAAAAAGUGAAGAAUUCAGACAAUGAUGGCAGAAUCAAAGACCACGCUCCAGCAUGCAGUGAGAAGCAGACGAAAGACAGUUUGGAAGACAAACUAGGAGUACAAUAUGUGUUGUCCAGUGUAAGAAAACUGUCUGAUUCAUUGAAAAUUAACAACCAACACAAAAGUAUCAAUGCAACUACUAAGAAUAAUCAAGCUGAAAAUGUAAAGCCUGACAAUGUAAAGGGAACUAGGAAAUUAGUAGAUGAAUCAAAGGUACAAGCAAUGGAAGGAGACUACUUUCAAGUGCAAGGGGUAGCAGAAACAAAUAAUGAAGUACACAACAGUGCAAAUGUUGGAGAUACAUUAGAUUGUAUUUCAAAAGAAGGGGAACCUCCAGGGUUUCUACCAAACAAGACUGCUGUCAACAAGGAAGAAAAAAAUGAUGUUGUGUUGAAUCAAAGUAAGAGGAAAACAGUGGAAUCAAGUACAGAAAGAGUUCAAUAUGAGGAAAUGGAAAAGAAAAACUUGGAAACAGAGGAUAAACUGACUUCAAAACCGACCACAGGGAGACAGAUUAAUAAUGAAAAUAUGGAAGCAGGUCAAGCUAAUCAUAUCAGAAAACAUUAUACAAGGAACCGAUCCAGUUCAUCACCGAGGGAAAGACAGAGCUCAAGCAAUUCAUAUCCAACAAGGAAAAAUGUAGUCAAGGAGAUACCCGUAGUUAAACCAAAACCGAAAGAAAAGGUAUCUACAAUACCUGAAAUAUCUGCACUUGCAGACUAUGCCAGACUAAAAGUAAUUGUUUCAGAAGAGCAGGAAAACACAAUUCAGGAAUUCCCACCCAACAAAAAGGAAGGAUUCUUUCCACUAAUACAGUCUCGUUAUAGCAGACGACCAGUGUUCACUAAUGACCCAAAAGACAUCUCUGUAAAAGAGACAGUUUUGCCAAAUAAGACAGAGGUGAGUGCCAAAGUGAACAAAGAGCCCAAAGCCUUGAUAUUUCCCAUAACUGAGAAGAAACACCAAAGGACAGGAAUGUUCAAACUGGGAGAUGAAGAAAGGCAAGAGAAAAUGGUCUUAGGUGCCCGAGGUAUAUUAGAUGCUGGAGCUAAACAGGAACAACGUCUCAAAGAAAGAAACAAAUCACCAACAACUUAUCUUAAGAACCAGGGGGCUGGAACUGAUACUCAAACACUUUGUCAAGUAGAUCAAAGUAUUCCUCAGGCAAACAAUCCUCCGUUGCAAGUAUCAAGUUCAUCUUCUGCAGUCAACAGGCCAACAAAUGCCUCGCAACGCCCAAAGUCACUUGUGAGCUCCGAUCCACAUGAAAAAUGUGAAGAAUUUUCCUCAAAACCUGAAAGAAUAUCAUUUUUGGAUAACAAUUGUCCUUCACAAGGCACCAUUGGACAAGUGCACAACAUAGAGGAAAGCACAACAGCUCUAAGAAAAGAUGAGAAGUUUGAAAAUAAACUGUCUAAGACCGGGGAAGAGAGAAAAGAAAAACUGAGACACAGAGGGCGUGCAACUCAGCAUGAAGAAACCAUAGCAACACCAUUAGAGCAAGAACCAGCAUCAAGGACAGAAGAAGAGAAAAGAGCAGAGGAAAUGAGAAUAAAACACAUUAUGGAGGAGAGUAGAGCUUCUCUGGUUGAAGAAGAGAGAAGAGCUGCCCAGAGGGAAGGGGAGAGGAGAGCAAAAGAGAGGGAAGCCAUAGCUAAUAGGGUCAAGGAGCGGCGGGAAAAACAGAGAGAAGCAGACAAGAGAGCAGAGGAAGAGAGAAAAGCUCAACAGGUGAAAAAGGACAGGGCUGCUCUUAAAGGAGAAGAGAUGGGAGCAAAUCAAAGAGAAGAAGAAAUUCGAGAGAAAGAAAUCAAGAGAAUAGAGAGUGGGGAAGAGAGUAGAGCAACAUUGAGAGGAGAGGAAGAGCAGAUAAAAGAGACUGAGGAGAAGAGGAGGUUGAAAAACCAAGAGGUGGAGAGGGCUUCUCAAGAGGAGCAGCAGAGGAGAGCUGCACAAGAGCAGCAGCAAAGAAGAACUACACAAGAAGAGGAGCAGCGAAGGACAGCUUUUCUGAUUGAAGAGCAAAGGCGAGCUAAACAGACUGAGGUGAAGAGACUCGCUGAAAUUGAGGAGGAAAAUAAAAGAAGUCAGAGAGAGGUUGAGGACAGGAAAGCUGCUAAAAAUGAGAAAACAAUUAUGAAGCAAAGAGAAGAACAAGCCAAACAGGAGGAGACUAGACAAGUUGAGGAGAGCCAAACAGAUGAGGAGAGAAGAGCAGCACGAGAACCGCUAACUCAAAGAGAGGAUGAGAUCAGGGCUAAAAAGGGAGAAGAAGAAGAAAAUCUUGCUGCUCAGAGAGAAAAGGAGAGAGACACUCAGAUAGAGCAGAGAAGAGCAGCUCAGAUGAUGGAUGCUCUCCAGUACUACGCGAUCACCUCAACAGAGUCAGAGAGGAAACCCAAAGACAGACAUUCAUGCUCCCCUUCACCUUCACAACAAAAAAACAAUCGAUCAGUACGUGAGUCAACCGAGGACUCAGGGUCCCACAUUAGGCCUUACAGGCCACAUGGCCCUGCAUCUCCAGCUCCAUCUCCAGCUCCAGCUCUGCCUCGCUCGAACACCUCCUCCCCAGCUCUGGGAGCCAAGCCGUCAAUGUUCAGGGUGAAGGAUAACACCAUCAGAGGUUCCUCUUUCACCAAGUCAAUCAAACCACGCUUCCACAAAAACUUCGGAGAAGAUUUCCGAGUGGGUUUACCCAUGGAAAGGGUGUCGGAGGGAGGAGAGGGGGAGCAGGAGAUAAUGAGACAGAGUGCCGGAAUUCCCGUCCAACCUGACACAGGGUUAAACAGACUUGCUGUUAUCAAAGAGUUCUCAACUUUUCAGCCGACAUCAUCACAGGAUUACUCAGCCCAUCUCCCACAUCACAGGCCUUACUCUAGAAGGAGCAUUGCUCUGGAUGAAGACGACUCCCGCUCUGUCAUCAGCAACAUGUCAGAGGAUGUGGAGAGUUUUGCCACCAGUGCGUCAGACCUAGCAGAUAUACGAGGCCUGUAUGACGCGAGGCCAGAAUCAGCUUGUAGCUACAGCAGUGAUGUGUCCCGUUCUAUGGGCAAGCCGCCAGUUGUUCCCCCAAAGAGUGAGAAAGCCUUGCGCAGGGCCAAAAGGUUGACUACUCGGAGGAUAAAGAAGGAGCUGUGCAAACCAGCAGAAGACAGCCCUGCUGCAGUUGAAAAACCUCAAGAUGUCACCAGUAUUCGUUCCUCCUCCGAGGUACACUCCUCCUACCACCAUGCUGUGGCUUCUCCUCAUUUUUCCUCACCUGUCUCCCUUGCUCAUGCUCCAGCAUUUGGGUCAAGCUUGCCUUCUUCCCACACAGAGCACCCAUCAUCCCACCAUGCUUACACUCAUGCCACUAGUCUGGUCUCCCCUCAAGUUGCCUCACCUCAUGCUACUGCCUCUUUUACCCUCCCCGUUGCUUCACCUCAUGCUACUAGCCCUGCUUCCCACACUGCCGCUCUUAAAACAGUUGCUCAUGUUUCCUCUUCUCCCACUCUCCAUCAUGCCAACCAUCCAGUUCCAGUGACACAGUACCGUGUAGAGUCAAGCUAUCCCCAGUCCUACCCACUGACCCAGCGCAAGGUGCUGCAAGACCUCGGCUCUGGUCAGUAUUUUGUUGUGGACGUGCCUGUUCAAGUGAAAACAAAGACUUUCUUUGACCCAGAGACAGGAAAGUAUGUUCAGCUGAAUGUGCGUGAGUCUGGCAAGAGCACAUCCCGACCCCAGCCCCAGCAAACAUACCCAUUGGAGCCUCAGCUCCAAUCCCAAAUGCAGAUCAAGUCGCAACAACAGCCCAUCUCCCAGGCUUCUCCAAUUGGCAAGCCCUUUGUGCUUUAUCAAGGCUCCCAUGGGUAUUCCCAAGGCUACCAACCUGCAGUUGUCAACUCCAUGCACCCCCACAGGUCAUCGGCCCCCACGACUCUCCAGCAGAACCAACAGCCUGUCAGGGAGAACAACAGCUACGGAUAUCCAGCCCCUGAAAUGAGCCAGAACUCUGAGGGGCAUCGCUUCAGCCCAGAAAAGACACCAUACAUGGACACAGUUAAUGAUACAGAGAAAACAGAUAACACAGUUUACAACACACAUGGCUCAUAUGAGGCGUUCCCAGAGUGUGACACAAACAGCCAGCUUGCAGGAAGCUCAGUUUGUGAAAAUGAUAACUCAGCCCACUCACGCUAUCAGCCCCUUGACAUAAUAACUAUGGGUGAACUGGAAGACUUUAUGGAGCUGUCUGACUGGUGAGAACACAGACUGAUAGCUUGAAUCAAAAGCGUUAAUUAUGUAAAAAAUAAUGUAAAGCAUACAAGAAGCUAAAUAAAGCAUUUGAUAGAAAUAAAGACACCCACAAGCCCAGAAUGAAUGGAUCAUUUCAUGCAGUAUUUCUAACUGCCUUUUUCAAGUGAAUGAGUGAAUAGACCCAGAAUGUUUUCUGAAUGUAGUUUUUAAAAGCCUCUGUUAAAUUGCUGCUGUUCAUUUUGGAGAUUGUUGAGCUAUUUAUUGUGUAACAGAAGUUCACCAUUCCAUUUAACAUUUGAAUGUGAGAAGCUAAGACAUGUUUCUUGUGUAUACAGUGUGAUCAGUAUUGCGUUGCCCCCUUAACCUACAGAGAUGUUUAGUAUCCUGGAGAAAUGUUGGUCACUGCUUAGGCCCCCUUAAGUGUGAAUAAAGUUUUCUUUUUCUUUCUUGUCGAAGAAAUUAUACUUUUGGCAUUUUGUGACGCAUGAAAUAUCUUUAAAGCCAAAUAUCUGCAGAUGGUGUUAAGCAUAGUUUGUGUAUUCAACCACCAAACUGAAAACAUGGUGAUAUGAUUGUUGCUGUUUCUAGGGUUUCGUUUCAGGCACUAGUACAUUUUUUAAGUUGGAGGUUUGUAAGAAUCUUUACGUUUUGCUGUGAAACAGAGUAGUGUGACAUGGACUUGUCCAGCCAAUAAAAACACAAUUCAAUCAAAUCA